GGUGGGAAAUUCAUUUAAACUUAAAAAACAAAAAUAAACAUAUCCUGUGGCCAGCAAAAGUUUCCGGCCAACUUUGUUGUUUUUGUUGCGCUCAGCAAAUGCAACCGCAACUGUUGCACAACAACAACAAGAAUUUACAACAACAACAACAACAACUACACACCAGCAAGCCAUGACAAUUCGACACUGUGAGAUUGUGUGAGAUUGAAAGUCAGCCAUAGAUCGGAGCCGUCGAAGUCACAGUCACAGUCACACAAUGGCCACGCCCAUGAGUAGCACGCUAUAUCGCGCCUCAUCCACAGUUGGAGGUGUCGCCUCUGCCACGGCCUCUGCUGCCACGCCCAUCUGCGUCGCCCUCUCGUAUGCAACGCAACCAAAACCAUUUGCUGCCGGCGCCGUGCAGAAUAUUGCCGAGCGGAGUCGCCUCUUGGAGCUGCUGCGUGCUCCCAAUAAUCUCACAUCGCCCACGUUGGAGCCCUCGUCAAAGGGUCUGUUAAAUGGACCAGGUCAAAACAACUGCUUCUUGAAUUGUGCCGUUCAGGUCUUGUGGCACUUGGAUGCCUUUCGACGCUCGUUCCGAGGUCUCAAUCAACACGUUUGUGGUGGACAAGACUGCAUAUUCUGUGCACUAAAGGAGCUCUUUCAGCAACUGCAGACGAGCUCGGAGCCCGCUUUGUGUCCGGAGCCUUUGCGUCGCGCCUUGGCGAGCGGUCCGUUGGCGGGAAGACGCUUUCCAUUGGGCUGUCUGGGCGAUGCCGCUGAAUGCUUUGAGCUUCUGCUGCAUCGCGUCCAUUCGCACAUCUCACCCGACGAUGGCGAUUCGUGUGAAUCCCCCGCCUGCAUUGCCCAUCGUCGCUUUGCCAUGCGCGUCAUCGAACAGAGCGUCUGCAAAUGCGGCGCCAACUCGGAGCAAUUACCCUUCACUCAGAUGGUGCACUAUGUCUCCGCCUCAGCGUUGACCUCCCAAAAGAGUCUGGCCCUACAAAAUCAUCAGCAACUGAGCUUCGGACAACUGCUACGGGCCGCAGGCAACAUGGGCGAUAUACGCGACUGUCCGAAUACUUGUGGGGCAAAGAUUGGAAUUUGCCGAGCGCUGCUCAAUCGGCCGGACGUCGUGUCCAUUGGCAUCGUGUGGGACUCGGAGCGACCGGCUGCGGAUCAAGUGCACGCCGUGCUGAAGGCGGUGGGAACGAGUCUGCGACUGGCGGACGUCUUUCAUCAGGUCAGCGAGCAGCGAUGGGCGCAACAAACCCAACACGAGCUCGUCGGCAUUGUGUCGUAUUACGGCAAACACUACACGACCUUCUUUUACCACACGAAACUCAAGGUCUGGGUGUACUUUGACGAUGCGAAUGUGAAGGAGGUGGGACCCAGCUGGGAGGGAGUUGUGGACAAAUGCAGUCGAGGCCGUUAUCAACCGUUGCUGCUGCUCUACGCGGUACCGCAAGCACCGAGCGGUGCAGGAGCCAGCAACUUGGAGCUGCCAAUGGGAGCAGUACCGACCACCGUCUCAGUGCGACGUGCAAUUACGCCCAGUCCGGAGAAGCCCAGUCUGGGCAAUGCAGUGCGUCGUGCAAUUACACCGACACCGAUACAGACACCUACACCGAUGCCCAUGCCCCUGAACGACUAUCAGAAUCUGAGUGUCAUACAGAAGGCCAUCUUUCCGGUACCAGCUGCAGGUGGUAGUGACGAGACCGACGCCUACAUCAGUCGCAAAACGGUCGAGCAUGUGCUGAGCGCACAGUAUCAAAACCUGAGCGUUAUACAAGAUAAGAUUGGUGCCAAUUGCAGUGCGAAUUUCACAAACUCCUGCCAGGAGGGCGGCUUCCUCAAUCGCAAGCCCAUUGAGGCCAUGUUGAGUGCACAACUUGCGCGUCGUCAGCAUUUGCAGCUGCAGCGCAGUCACAGCGCCGAAUCGAGUUCGAAUUCGAACUCGAAUGGCAGUUCGCCGCCCUCAAGUGAUGGUCUCACCAUACCCGAGCAUCUGAAUCAGCCGCGACGUCGGGAUUCGGGCAAUUGGUCCGGCGAUCGCAAUAGCGCCAGUUCCGCAAGCUCGACCACACUGGAUAAUCCCUAUCUGUAUAUGGUGGCCAAGCGCGGUGGAGGCGUGGCCGUGGGCGCGGUGCCACAGAGUCCAACACGACAUGCACAUGGAUCCAUCUACGAUGCGGGCUAUGAUUCAUUCUCGCUCAGCUCCACGGACUCGUAUCCGCCCAAGCAUGCGCUCAAUCCGCAGCUAGCGAAAAUACCCGAGGCGGGCAUGGGAAUGGGAGUGGGAAUGGGAGUGGGAAUAACUCAGAUCAAGGCAGCCGGCUUAAGCCUAACGGGUGACUGUGAGAAGCUCUGCCAUGAGGCGGAUCAGCUGCUGGAGAAGUCGCGACUCGUGGAGGAGUCGCAUGACCUGGAGACGGCUCUAGUGUUGUGCAACGCGGCAGCGGGCAGAGCGCGUGCGGCAAUGGAUGCGCCCUAUAGCAAUCCGCAUACCAUGACCUUUGCCCGCAUGAAGCACAACACGUGUGUGAUGCGCGCACGGAGUCUACAUCGUCGCAUACUCGUGGAGAAGGGCGCCGAGACGGAGGCGAUGCCGGAGAUGAAGCACAUGCGAGAGGGCAGCAACAGCAGCGUCAAGCACAUGCGGCAGAACAGCAAGGAUCGCACGCUGGAGAAGCUGGAGAGCACGCCAACGGCAGCAACAAAAUCCAUAGAGAUCUAUGCCACGCUGCCCAAGCGUAAAAGUCCCUUAAAGUCGCUAAUCGCAGCCGAUGACAAUGCUAUAGAGUUGGAGCCGCAAGCGAAACCGGAGCGAGAAAGUCGCUCGCUCUUUGGCCGCAGAGACAAGGACAAGGACAAAGACAAGGACAAAGACAAGGAAAAGGAAAAGCGCAGUCGCAGCGAGGAUCGCAACAAGCUAACGCGUGAGUUCUCGCUCACAGAGACGCUGCUCGUCAAUGCCAAGGACACGCUGAAGAAGCACAAGGAGGACAAGGACGAGAAGUCCAAGGAGAAGGACAAGUCCGGCAAGAAGCAGCACAAGAUACGACGCAAACUAUUAAUGGGCGGUCUAAUAAGACGCAAGAAUCGCAGCAUGCCCGAUCUAACGGAGGCAGUAGACGACUCACACAACUCCACACAACAUAAUAACCAUGGUAAUGGCACUGCCAACAGCCUCACACACGCUCACAGCGCCCAUGCCACGCCCCUGGCGGCCAGCUCGGUGGAUGACAGCGCUCUGGGCUUGAAUCUGCAGGCGCUACAAAAUUUGACCCUAAGCGGCUACAUCUCCGAGGGACACUUUGAUUACAAUGGCAAGGGCAAAGGUACGGCAGCCAAGACAGCCGGACAGACGGAUGUCGUACUAAGACACUUGGAGUGCAGCGCCAAUCCGAAUCUGGAGCGCAGCAAAUUGAUGCGCAAGAGUUUUCACGGCAGCAGCAGACAGCUGACAAUGGUACCCAAGGUGGCACCGCCGCCGCCCAUGCGCACCAGCUCCGCCUUGACACCACAGCAACAGCAGCAGCAGCAGCAGCAACACUUUCAUCACGAGGCCAAUCUCUCGAAUAUCUCUCAAAUGAGCUCCAACACUUCCAUAAGCGAGGACUCCUGUCAAACUAUAAUUACCACGUGUGCACAGGUGCAUUCGGAGCAGAGUCCGCUGAAGGAUCAGCUGUUGUAUGCACCAGAGUUGCCACCACCGCCGCCCAUGGAGUUGCCACCCUAUCCAAGUCCGCCGCAAUCUGUUUGUCAUUCGCGUCAGGCUAGCGAGGAUUUUCCGCCGCCGCCGCCGCCCGAAAUCGAUUUGGAGCCGCUGAAUCAGCAGCUGAGUCAGCUGCAAGCCAGCAAGCAACAGCAGCAACAGCAACAGCAGCGACAACAGCAAUUGGAGUCGCUGGAGGGCACAACGAGCAUUUUGGCUCAGCUGCAACAGCGGCAACAUUUGCUCAAGCUGCGCAAGGAGCAGACAACACCGCUGCCCAAGGACACAGCCUGGACGCUGAGCAACAACAGCAACAACAGCAGCAACAACAGCAGCAACAGCAACAAUGUGCGUGAUCUGGCGCAUCGUUUUGAGCAGAGUAACGCCAGCAACAUGCGCUCGUAUGCCUCACAGGAGUUGCUAAGUCCCUGCACACGCACACAGAUGAAUGGACUGCCCAACAGCAACAGCAACAUGGAGGCAACAGCAACAACAGCUGAUGAAGUGGACUGCGCGCUGCCAAUGCGACAGCAGCAACAGCAAUUGCUGCUGCCCAAGCCGAAAUAUGAAAUGUCAGCAAGUCAAAUUGCUGAUGAAAUACGCGAAGUGGAGCUAUUAAAUUCCAUGGUGCAACAGACAUUGCAUCAAACAGCGCCCAAGCGUGUGAAGAAGAAGAGCGUCUCAUUUUGCGAUCAAGUGAUACUAGUGGCAACCGCCGGCAAUGAGGAUGAGGAUGAUUUUAUUCCCAAUCCCAUAUUGGAGCGUGUGUUGCGCACAGCAACAGCAACAGCAGCAGCAACAACGCAGCCAAAUGAGAAAAUGACAGCACAGCUGAUGCAACAGCAGCAACAGAAUAUGCUGCGAUUGCAGACGGAGCCACAGCCGCGACAACAGCAGCAGCAGCAAUUGCCACGCCAGCAACAGCAGCAGUUGCAACAACAACAGCAGCAGCAAGCAUCUCCCAUGCUGGGCAGAACAGACGUGCAGCGUUAUGUGCAACAGCGACAGCAACAGCUGCUGCAGCAGCAGCAACAGCAGCAGCAAUUGCUGCAACAGCAGCAGCAACAACAGCAGCUGUACUGCCUGCAACAGCAACAGCAGCAACAGUUGCAGCAGCGCACCAGCAUGAGCGGUCUGUGCAACAAUCAGCAACAAUUGCAACAACAACUGGAUGCACAAUAUACCAGCAUGCCACGUUCAAUGCCACAAAGCUACUCUGUGCAGUUGCAAAAGCAUCAGCAACAGCAGCAGCAACAACAGCAACAGCAGCAGCAACAGCAACUGAAUCUCGCCUACUUGGAGCAACAACAGCAACAACAAUCGCCAUAUCAGCGUGUGCCACAUGGCUAUCAGCAACAGGCCUACUAUGCACCACAGCAACAGCCGCAGCAAACGCAGCAGCAACAACUAUUGCUGCCCGGCAAGCCGCCACAAAAGAAAGUCAGCUUUGAGCCGGGCACAAAGGGAGAAACGGAGAACUUGCCACCGCCACCGCCGCUGCCACAAACGAAGCUAGCCAUGCAGCACAAUGGACUACCAACAACAGCAGCAGCAACAGCAGAGAUAACAGCAGCAACAGGCAGCACCACAGCAACAGCAGCAACAGCAACAGCAGCAACAACAACAAUUAUUCCCACCCGCGUCUACAACAAUGCCAUUGUCAAGGCCUCGGCGAAGGCCGUUGAAUGCAACUUGUGUCGCAAGCGACAUGUGAUUGCUCCCGCCUCCUAUUGCAACAACUGCGAGUAUUAUCUGCAGAUGCUCAAUCAGCGCAGAUGAUUCCAAUAUUUAUAGCUAUAAUUAUUAAUUAUACAGCUACAAGUUGUGUGCUCAACAAGUCUUUACA